AUGUCGACCCGCACUAUAAAAGACGUUUCGAGGGCAGAGUUCACCAUUUGCGCCAUGAUAGUCGAAUCAGUGCUGAUUUGCGUGUUAGCUUCAAGGGAUGUUCUGUCCCAGCAGAGACCGGUACUUGCGAAUGGCGCCGGCACAUACAUGGGAGGUGGUGCCGUGAGAGGUGGUGGAGCCGCUAGAGGCGGUGGAGGAGUCGUGAAAGGUGGAGCUGUUAAGGGGGGAGGCAUGAGGGGUGGAUCCAAUGUCUACAAAGCUGGAGUGAUUGGCGGCAACGGUGGAGGAAACGCUGUCAUGAUGCGGAAUGGCGGAGGCGCUGGAAUGGGGAUGGGCGGAGGGUUCGGUGGGGGCGGAGGUCAAAAUAGAAUGAUGAUGAUGGGCCAUGGUGGCGGUGGAGGGGGCGGAGGCGGCAUGGCCUGGGGCCCGGGUGGAGCAGGCGGAGGAGGAUUCAGCAUGGGAGGAGGCAAUCAAGAGCAGAAAACGAUAAAGAAAACGGUCCGAUACUACUCGAAUGGUCCCGCGCACGGCGAAGGUGAACAGUCCCAUGCAUCUAUGAGCCAUGGCGGUGGUUCUAAGUCUCAGGGUGCCUCACAUGGCGGAGGCGCAAGCCUCUCGGGCGGAUCUGCCGCUAAGGGCUCCUCCAAGAGUACGAAGAGCUCACUUGCGCUGUCCGGCGAAGCGUCUGGUCAUUCUGAUGGCCACGCGGCAGCAGAGAAACACAGCGAAUCUCACAGCGCAGGAGGAAGCAUGAGUGCCGACCUUCACGGCGGAGGCGGCAUGAGCUCUCAUGCGAAGUCUGGCGGUGGUCUUGACCUCAGCGCCAAGGCGAAAUCUGGAGGCGGGCUAGAUCUCGGCGGUGGGGCGAGCGCGAAAUCCGGACUUGGACUGGACCUCGGAGGAGGAGCGAGCGGAAAAUCUGGCUUGGGACUGGACCUUGGCGGAGCUGCGGGUGGAAAAUCAGGAUUGGGAUUGGACCUCGGCGGUGGUGCCAGCGCAAAAUCUGGCUCGGGACUGGACCUUGGCGGAGCUGCGGGUGGAAAAUCAGGAUUGGGAUUGGACCUCAGCGGUGGCGCCAGCGGAAAAUCCGGCGGUGGGCUGGAUCUCAGUGGCGCAUCUGGCUUGGGUCUGGGAGGCGGCCUCGGCUUGGGUGGUGACGCUAAAGCAGGUUCAUCCCUGGGAGGGGGAUUGUCAGGAAAAUCGAAGAAAUCAGGGAAAGCGAGUCUCGACGGUGGCUUGUCGGGAGGGCUCGAUGCUAAGGGGAAGAGCAAAGCAAAAGGAGGUGGUCUUGGUGGACUCCUCGGGGAACUCGAAGCGGAUCUCGGGCUGGACGGAAAAGGAGGAGGAGGAGGCCUGGGAUUGGGUGGUAAAGCAGGCGGCAGCUUGGGCCUGGACCGGAAAGGGGGAGGAGGCUUGGGUGGAAAGGGAGGCUUGGGCCUCGGAGGAAGCGGAGGUCUCGGAGGUAGUCUUGGAUCGGGCGGGGGUCUUGGGGGUGCUCUCGGAUCGGCUGGGAGUCUGGGGGGAGGUGGAGGUCUCGGAGGUGCCUUGGGAUCAGGAGGAAGUCUGGGGGGAGCUUCGGGUCUAGCCAGUGCUCUGGGAGGAGGCUCGGCACUCGGCGGCGGUUCGGGAUUAGCGAGUGCUUUGGGCGGCGGUGGGGGAGUGAGUGGAACCUCGGGCCUGGCGAGCGCUCUCGGCGGCAGAUAA